AUGACGCAUUCCGGCGCAGGUUCGGUGGUGAGUGGUCGGUCCCGUUCGCCGGAGGAUUCGGGAGCCGCGGUUGCAGGUGCGCCGGCGCCGCCAUCGGCGCAGGUGUUGUCGCCAUCGGCAGCGCGUUCGGCUCCACACCCGAAGGGCGCGGGUUCGAAGGAAGAGGGGUGCACAAGGCGUGGAUCGGUGUCUGCGGAUGGUCGGUUGAUAGGCAGUGUGGCGGCGGAGGGUCAUGUGGAGGCCGCAGGUGAUUUGCUUUCAGCUUUGGUGAUAGCGCAGCAAGGUAAUCUGUUGGACGUUUUGGAGGUGGGUCAGGCGGGGUCAGAGGUGCGUGCGGUGUUGAAGCCUGGAGUAUUGCGUGCGAUGCGUUUGGUGACAGUGCUGCAGUCGUGGGUGGCCGGAUAUUUGUUGGCUCAGAUGAAUGUGACUGUGUUCGUGUUAUUGAAUGAACAAGCGUGUGCAGCUGGACAUUCUUGUCGUGGUUGGCACGUAUGUUUGUUUGGCGCUUUCUUUCUUGGCAUGUCAACUGGUGGUGCCCUCGCCGGACUUGUUCAGGCUGCCUCGACCCAUCGUUUUACCGUAUUGAUUUCAACAGCACUAAUGCUCCUAACGGCAUUGUCUACAGUGGUGUCUACGGACCGAGUUGCGGUGACUUGGGAACGUUUCCUCUGCGGCCUUUGUACGGGUUGCGGUGUCCUGUGUCUUUCCGUCUACGUCUCGCGUUGCGCUACCUUUACUCGGAGUCGUGUAUUUGGGGCGCUUUAUCAAAUCGCUCAUAUAACAGGUGUCCUUACCGCGUACCUCCUGGGCCUGGGCUACCUUGGACCGAACACAUUAACUAGUCUUGGUGACCGUUCGGACACAUCUCCAUGGUCCGGGAGUACAUGGUCCCGGAGUACGUUAGCAUGUGUGUGGAUUCGUGUCAGUGUCAUGCCUGCAGUCGUCGGAUUAAUGGUUGCGUUACGAUUGUUUUAUAGCACCUUCCGUUUUGAGACACCACAUGACUAUGUUCGGCGGGCGGAUUACGCUAACGCUAAGGCAAUGCUGCGUUGUCUCUAUGAAGUUGAGGAGGCAGAACACAUGGACACGUUGCUCUGCGUCAUCAAACUUCAAACCGAUCAGCAAUCAACCAGUCAUACCGGAUCAUGCAGCCGCUACCUGCGGAAUGCUCUCCAUGCUUUCUUCCAACAAGCCUCAGGCUUCAACGCACUACUCGCCGCCAGCACAGCUCUCUUCUACCCACUCGUUCACACCCGCACUCAUGGACUCAGACUCGCCAUCCUUCUUACACUCGCUAUGGGAGCUGGUGGCUGGUCCGUCACACUCAUAACUGGCGUACUAUUGGACAAAUGGAUGUCAAAAAAACCUAUCAUACUUAUCGCCGUUGCCUUGCAAGUCGUCGUUGCUUCCAUACUCUCCUGGCUUCAUUGGGGAAAUAAUCCGGACCACGUCAUAGUUACCGGUUGUCUAUGGGUACUAUUUAUUUGCCUACAUUGCAUGGGCUAUGGCACGGUCACCAAGAUCUUCGAUCCAAGCUUCGUCAAGCCAUUCCAACAGGACACCGUCAAUCCCGUAUGGCCUGGAGUGUCAUCUUCAUUACGCUGGUUCAUCGCCUGCUGUUGGACCGUUCUCGCCUUCACAGUACCACAUCUCGGCUGGUUCUUCAUAGCUGUCGCUGUGUCAACCUUGACGACUUGGGUUGGUGUCCUUAUCGAUUUAGAUCACCUAUGA